UCCAUUUGUCAAACUUCUGAAUACCAUUUAAAGAUUCCACGAGAUUCUGCAAAGGUCCAGAAUAUUCUUGGAGGUUAAUGAAAAAUGAAUCCACAUAUGGAAUAACUGAAACAUUUUACUUCAAACAUUUUAUUUUCCUUUUUGUUGCUAACAACAAAAACAGCACCCUGAGACUGACACUUCCUAAGCCCAGCACCCCAGGUGGUCACCUGGGUCGCCUGCCCUGAAAUAUGGCACUGGUGAGAAGAGAAAUUGCAUGACCCAGAAUUGAUACCAUGGCAGUGAAAUCCAGAAAAGCCAGAGUUCCUAGAACUCUUUGACUGCUUUCUCCUUGUUAGCUUUCAACUUUAACCUACGAUGAGGAAGACUCCGGACCGCAACGUGAUGUGAGUGGAAAAGGAUUUAUAUAUGUGCGACCCCGAUACUGAAAAAUACCAAUAGGUUCUUUGCACACACUUAGGGUGUUAAUGCUGGGCCACUACUAUUAAAGGAGGGAAGAAAUUGAUGGAUGAAACGCAAAGGGGGAGAGAAAAAGAAGUGGAAUGGUAAGGAGAGAAGGGAAGAGGAAGGUAGAGGAAAGAGAGAGAUUUUUUUGCUGAGGAAGUGUUGGACCAAGUUGUGAAAGCAGGGGACAAACAAUGAUAAACAGUGGAUGUACAGUACUACAAAGAUACUUGCAGCAGCUGAUCCCUGUGGCAGCCAGGGGACUGUUGCACAUGAAAAACUCACUUCUUUACAAUAUGAAUUGCUUUUGGCUGAUUAGAUUUUCAACAGAGAUUGUGCUCAGACCUGUGUCUUCUAGGCACUUCUGUCUGAAGACAGACAGUGCUGUUGCAAAGUCAUGCCAGGAGAAUGGCAUACUAGUAAACAAUCUGGCAUGCAUGGGAGUGGAUGUCAAAAUGGCAAGAAGGCGACAACCUGGAGUUCUGAAGAAGCUGAUCACAAAUGAAGAGGGCCUCAAAAGGUUUCUGCAAAGCAAAGGGGCUACUAAUGAAGUCAUUGCCAGCAUCAUCUCACGUUAUCCACGAGCCAUCACACGUUCCUAUGAGUCUCUUGAAAAACGUUGGGAACUUUGGAGAAGUAUUUUGAUGACUGAUUUGGAAAUUGUAAAUAUUCUGGGACGUUCUCCUGAGUCUUUCUUUCGUUCCAGUAAUAACAUCAAUAUGGAGAAAAAUAUUACAUUUUUCUGUUCUCUUGGGCUAACCUCUAAACACCUUUGCAAUAUGUUGACUAGAGCACCUCGGGCAUUUUCUAACAGAGUGGAGCUGAAUAAACAGAUGACUGACCUCCUGCAUGAGAUCUGUUUGUCUUUAGGUGGUGAAAACCCAAAUGAUUUUGUGAAGCACAUCAUUUCUAAAAAUGUCUUCAUCCUCCUGCGGAGCAGCAAGCAAGUGAGCGCAAACUUUGAGUUCCUGCAAUCUUUCCAUCUGAGCAAUGAGGAAUUACUAGCUCUGCUACAUGGCUGUGGAGCUGACAUUUUGGACUUAUCUAAUGAAUAUAUCAAAAAAAACUUUACAAAUGCUAAAGAGAAGCUAUCAUCUCUUGGGUGCACUGAAAGAGAGGUGGAUAGAUUUUUCAUUAGCUAUCCACGAGUGCUCUUUCUUUCAUCCAAGAACCUCAGUGAUAAAAUAGAUUGCCUCUUGCAAGCAAAGAUUCACAUUAAACAAAUAGUUGAAAUGUCUCGUGUUCUGGAUGUAAGUAUCGGUACUGUAAGAAGCAGAGUCAAGGAACUGGAAAAAACUAGUUAUGACUUCAAAACCUAUGGAAUUGGCAUCCUUACUUUAAGUAAAAGGAGAUUUGAAGCUAAAUUGGAAAAAUUACAUAGUGCAUAGUGAUUAAUCAAGAGGACAGAAUCCAUUCUGUGAGAAUACAGGGUCAGAUUCUGAAAUUAAAAAACUUGAAAAAGGGUCCUGUUUUGUUAUUUUGAAACUUAUUUCAGAAUAAUUUGUGGUUACUUAGCACUGCUUAUUUAGGAUAAGUAAAUUCUCAGCUAUCACUAGCGGGGCGCUAUAGAGUGACCAGGAGAACCGUUUGGUGUCUUGCUUACCAGCUGUGAUGGUAGUGGAUCACAGAUAUUGAAAAGAGUGAGACUGCUUAGAGUGUACAUCAGUUGGAGGAGAGAAUAGAGAUAUGCAGAAUAUGAAUGGUACAGAGAAGAUAAGUCAGGUAUACUAUUUGCCCUUUCUGCCAUACAAAAGCAAGGGAUCAUUCAUACCCUCGAUUCUGGAACUGGCUUAGCACAGGCUAACCCAGGGGCAGGCAAUCUAUGCCACGCGUGCCAAAGGCGACACGUGAGCUGAUUUUCAGUGGCACUCACAUUGUCCGGGUCCUGGCCAC